AUGGGGAAAUGUACAUGUACUGUAUGUUCUGUAUUCUCGUUUAUGAUAUCCGCUACCAUCAUAUGUGGAGGUACAACUGUAUGUAUUCUGAUUGAAUACGUUUCUCAAGGCCCACUGUUCCAGGACAGAAGUAUAAAGGCACUCAUCGUGUUAUUCUCAGCUGCGUCGUUCAUGUCUACGGGGUUUGUGGGAUUACUUGGUUUGAUACACAACGACUCGGCUUGGGUGACAAACUUGCAGUUAUCUAUCGAAAGCGUUAUGUUGAUCGCCACCAUCACGGCUUUUCUAGCUCUUAAAGACACCGUCUACCUUCCCGGAUAUAACGAAUGUGUCGCAACUAAUGUCACGUCCAUAUGCACGUGCAGUAAAAGAAGUAAAGUCCAACUUCCAGGGAGUUUAUCAACCAUCGACUGUGACACCUUAAACACAGCACGUGACAUGGCAAAUGCCCUUAUAUACCUGUACAUAGCUGUUUGUAUCAUGUGCAUCAUAGAACUACUUCGUGCUAUUUAUCGGGUCUGUACCCGGUCCUCUCGGCGUAAGGAAAGCCAGAACGAGGAGAUGUUGAAUAGUCUGACUUUCUACAAUAUACCAUACCCAGAAAAAACACACAAAAACAAGAAAAAUAAUGAAGACAGACGAGAUGAGGACAAAGAAAAAAUAUUCACAUUACUUAAUACUUAG